AUGGCGGCGAGACUGAAGACUGACCCUUCAAGGCGCAAAAAGGCAUAUCGUCUCAUCCAGCGCCGACUGCAACAUCAUAGCGUUGGCACCAGUGGGAACUUUAGGCCCACCUAUGUUUACCCAGUGGAGCUCAAAAUGUUGAUUCGUAAAGUUUUCCCAGAGGGAGUGUGUGAUUAUGAUGACCCGUCUCAUGACAAGGUAGUCAUCAUUUCCAUGGAGGAUCUCAAAGGACUGAAUUCAUCUGAGGCAGCUAACUCAGAUAAGGAGAUCACCUAUGAUGAACUUAAAGCUCUCAUGGGCCCCGACUCAGGGCUUAUCCUGGUGGAUGUACGCUCCAAAGAUGAGUGGGGAAAAGGGCAUAUCCCAGGAUCCAUAAACAUGCCCCUGGAGAAUGUAGAGACUGACCUGUCUCUGGAUGCGGCUGCAUUCAAGGCCAAGUAUGGUGUGGCCAAACCCCCACUGGAUUACCCUACACUGGUCUUCCACUGCCAGACGGGACGCCGGUCUGGAAUCGCCACAGAGAAGGCCAGAAACCUUGGCUUUGUAAAGGCUCGGAACUACACUGGAAGCUACAAAGAAUGGUCAGAGAAGGAAGGGAAGUGA